AUGGCCCGUUCUGCUUACUUUCUCCUUCUCUGGGCCGGCGCCGCUGCGCUCAAUGGCACCAACCACAGCAACACUACGCUGAACAGCGAGGGCAAAGCUACGAAUGGUACAAUAAAAGUUCCACUUCCCAACGGAACGAGCCUUCCGCAGCUGCGCGGGGCACGAGGCGGCUCCACCAUCCGGGUGAUCAAUGGUGCUGGCGAGGCGGUCUGGAUGGCCCAUUGUUGUAACUACAAGUAUCGCCAGAACGUGAAGAUUGAGGCUGGGGCCUCGCAUGACUUCCCUGCCUAUGCCGGGCUCAUGGGCUUUCGUUUGUGGCCGAAAUUGAGGCGCUUCCCCAUCUGA